CACGCUAAAAGGUAACACCAGACACAUCACGAUCAUGCAUGACAUUCUGGAAGCGCUUCAAGGGAAUGGCCGAGAAGAACUGUGAGAACCGUUGCAUAAAUAUGAAGAUCGCUCUGUUGCUCCUGUUGCCGCUGACACUCGCUAGUGUUCUGCCAGAAGGAAACCAUAAAGAGAAAGGAAAAAAACGAUUUAAGGCUCUGACAUUCAACACCGUGUUACUGAACAAAGACAUCCAGGAAAACGACGUCAGUUCCGGUGACCCACCAAAUAUCGUCCCAAGGAACAAAGCUGAAAAUGUUAACAAAGUUGAGAGGAGGGGCAAGAUUGUUCAACAGUUACUGCAGUCGGGGGCAGACCUUAUUUGUUUGCAAGAGGUUAUUUACGAAGAAGAUGUACAGGCUCUGGUGGAUACUCUUCGGGUUGUUUAUCCUCAUUCCUUUAGCUCCAUACACAGCUUCAAAGAUGAUACCAUUUUCAUCAACGACAUUUUUAGGGGUCCAAUAUGCGAUCCCACCGUGUUGAACACCCUGUUUGACUGCUUCAACCAAAAUUGUCCUUCGGCGUUAGAGUCGGGUGAAGUCGACGCGGGUCUGUUCAAAUGCGGUUUAGAAUUUUGCGCACCACAUUUCCUUUCCCUAGUGGCCACCAGUGGACAAGACUGUCUCAUUUGUUUGAGAGAUACGGCAAUCGGUUUGAGAAAUACGUGUUCAGACCCUGCUUCAGGUGGUCUUAAACGUAUUAAUACGCACGGUCUGCUGCUCCUAUCAAAGAAGCCGUUGACAAACAGGGCCACAAUACCUUUUUACCCAGGGACGACAAACAACAUCGACUCUGCGGUCCUUGAAACACUCUACGACGGCAGAACCAAGGUCGUCUGCUCUCAUCUCACUGUGCAUACAAAUUUGUCCGCAGAAAUUGACGUUGCUCAGCUUGGACUUGGAGAUUAUGCAGCCAUGAACACGUUUGAAGUGAACAACCUUGUAUCGAGAUAUGUGAGCGACAAGAGAACUAUUAUUUUGGGAGACUUUAAUAUCGGCCCAGCCGACCCGGUUAACUCAAUAGCUGCGAAUGGUGAAGGAAACUACAACAUUCUGAAUGGUGCAUUUACCACCAACCGCGUGUAUCAGUGCACGUUCUGUGGUUUCCCGGACAACAUAUAUAACCAGGCCAUGUUCGAGACCGACUCAUUAAUGAUAGAUCAUGUUUUUGCCAGCAAAGGAAUGAAAGUACUUAAUGCUCAGAGAAUGUUCGCCCCUGUUGACGCCAGCACGAGGACGUCUGACGCCGACGGUAACCGCCCUCUAAGUGACCACUACGGCGUCAUGGCAGACAUUUGUUUCAAAUAGAACAAUUACGAUCUUGGGGGAGCGACUAUUGUUUUUUUGCGAAUCGGUGUCGAUGAAUAUUGUGUUUAGAAAAUGUUUAUUGUGUUUUGAAGAUGUUUUAAAGACGUUCAUUGCGUUGUAAAGAUGUUCUGAAGAUGUUUUUUUGUGUUUUGAAGAUGUUACUCGUGUAUUGAAAAUGUUCUGUAGAUUUGUAUUGUGUUUGGAAGAAAAUCCGAAGAUGUUUGAUGUGUUUUGAAGAUCUUACUUGUGUUUUGAAGAUCUUACUUGUGUUUUGAAGAUCUUACUUGUGUUUGUGUUUUGAAGAUCUUACUUGUGUGAUCUUACUUGUGUUUUGAAGAUCUUACUUGUGUUUUGAAGAUCUUACUUGUGUUUCGAAGAUUUUCUGAAGAUGUUUAUUGUGUUUUGAAGAUGUUUAUGUUCCAUACGUAUCUUUUUUUUGCAUUUUGUCCAUGUAUAUUUGUGAAAUACAUUACUUUUGAACAGCCUUAUGGAUAGUAUUUAAUUUGAAGUAAGAUAUGUAUAGGAACAUCCACGGUAUAAUAUUGUGAUGGGAUUAGUAAAAAAUACACAAACUCCAGCUUAUUCCAUUUCUGUUCAGAAUAUAUAGAGACAAUGGCACACCUUUUUGGGGAAUGUAGACUUGUACACAUUUUUGGAACAAUCUUAAUAACCUUUUCUUGUCAAUAAAUAUCCCAAUUUGUCUAAAUAUUAAAACCAUAAGUUUUGGAUUUGUUCUCGUCUCAUUACUUUCUUGAAUGAGUUGUUGAAAUAUAUUUAUUAUAUAUAUAUUUAUAUAUUAUAUUUUAUGAAGCUAAGAGAUAUUACUCCAACUUUUACAACUUGCAAAAGACUACAUACGGUUGCGAUACAAAAUCGAACAUGAAGUUAAAUUCACGAAUGACAAUUAACAGUCUACGAGCAAAAAUGGCAUGUAUUAAAAUCAAAAUUGUCCCUUUAGUUCUGUCUUUUUUUCUUCCUUUUCGCAGUUUAUAAGUGCUUUAUUUUAUACUUAUUAUAAUUAUUUUUAGUAAAACAAUUUAUCUCUUCUUUUUGUUCUGGCUUUUUUCUUCUUUUUUGAUCAGUUUAUUUAACAAUAUAAAAAUGUAUUUUUUCUGUAUGGGCACCACUCUCACUUCUCAAAUAAGCAUUACAUGAUAAACAUCAUAUGUUUUACAUUAAGUAUGUAUGUGAUUAAUUGUUGUGUUAUGUGGAAUAUUUAAUAAAAAAAGUUAAAUAAACUUUAUACAUA